CAUAAGGAAAUUGAUUGGUUCAUUUUCUUAUGCAUACAUUUGUGGACCAAUCAAUUUCUUUAUGUUUAUGGUUAUGCGCUUAUGCAAAAGUGUGUGCUCCCCGCUUGAUCCUACUGUAUUUACCUAUACUGUGCCUAUACUGUGCUCUGGCUGUGCCGCUGAUUGGUCGACGCUCCAUGCGUGGCGCAAGUGAUGGUCUGACUCGAAUGCGGUUAUUCUCCGAGAGUUUUCCAUGGCUUUGGAUUAUCGUAGCAAGUAGUAACGCCAAUGUAGUCUUCUCCAUUUUUGCUCCUUCAUCGUCUAAUAGCUCAAAUUUCCACGUCUUAUUUACGUGCGUUCUAAUUGCUACCAAACAAAUCAUAUCGUGUUAGCAAAAAAAAAGAAGAAAAACAAACAUUCGUGAAAGAAAAGUGUGGAAAACGCAUCAUUCAUCCGGUAGCGUCAGUUCUCAUUGUCGUUUCGUAUCUAUCUUCAAAUCAGUCCAGAGUGUAUCUAAACAGGCAUUUAUUGACAAGAUAAACGAGAAUGGAUGUUGAAGAGGGGGAGGCAAAAAUGUGCAGGCUUUGCGGCCAAAAUAAGAGAUUUUACGUCGAUGUAUUCGGUGAGGAGGGCGUCAGACGCUAUCUGGGCCUUAGGAUCCACAGGAAUAUCAACAUCCUGAUCAAGACAGACGAUAGUAUGCCGCAACAAAUUUGUAGGCUUUGCCUCGAAAAGUUAAAUUUUACUUGCGUGUUCUAUGACAACUGUCAUGAAAUUCAGAAGAAACUCUGGUCUACUAUUGAGGCGACUAACAAUGAUAAUAAUGUUGGGGAUAAAGAAAACAUGAUAUCGCCAAGAAGUAAUAUAAAACGUCAGAUAAGGACCAUAUCCGAGAAUUUGAAAAAAGAAACUCAUUUAACCAACGCAGACUCGCUGAUUAUCGAUGCAUCGCUGAAAAGUCAACCUCAUGAGAAUCACUUUAAGCGAAAUUGCUUACGUGAAAUUUGUUCGAAUACACAAACUGCCACAAAUUCAUGGACACAGGAACAACCUGUUGGCAUCCAAAAGAAUAAACGAGAUGGUCUAGUACAGAAAGAGACAAUAGUUUUUGAAAAGACGAUGAGGCAGGAAAUCGACAUCAUAAAAGAGUGUUCAUUAUCCGAGAAUUUGAGCUCAAGAACACUGUCUCCUUCUUUACUAAAUAAUUCAAUGGAAUUUAUUCAUUCCUUAGAUUGGUCCCUUAGGUUGUCAUGCGAAGCGGACAAACCCAAGAACGUCACGAACGCCACAGUAAACAACAGUCCACCGCCUGGUGAUGAGGCGGAAUUGAAUAGAAAUAGCUUCGAGUCUAGUAAUCUCACAACAUCAAAUAACAUUGGAAGGUCUCCUCCGAAUGUGCCGAAGGAAGUUUGCCCCCUUGAAUCGAAUACAAUCUCUUUCCAAAAUAACAAAAGCACUGCCUUGUCCGAAUCAUCAAUAAUCGAUGGAUGUAAAGAGAAGCAUAGCAAAAUUUCCGAAUUGAUUACCAACGAACAGAAGCAGAUCAUAGAGACAUACUAUCUGGUGAACACGGACAUUAUGAAUAAGUACGAAGAGGAAGUGCGGAGCAACAUAACGGUGCGAGAUAAAAAUAAUAUCGAGUGCAAUCUUUGCGCUGCGAAAUAUUCUAGAUUGGAUAAGUGUCAGGUCCAUAUCUGGGCGCAUCUCAAUAUCAAACCAUAUAAAUGCAAAAAGUGCAACUUUUCGACAGUAACUCCUAGUAACAUUCGCUGCCACAUAAGAAAGAGUCACCUGAAAAUUAAGCCAUUUGCUUGUAAGUUGUGCCCAAAACAAUACGCUACUUUUACGCUUUUGAAGGAGCAUGACAAUAUUCAUAUUGGCAUACGACCAUAUAAAUGCGAAACAUGCGGCUUUUCCAGCACUAGUCGACAGGUCUUGAUGAAUCACAUGAGCACUCACAUGUCAAGCGAGGACAUUCCUUGCAGCGUUUGUAACAAAAUCUUUCAUUCACGCAUAAGAAUGCGUGCACAUAUGCGCAUUCAUAAUGGCAACAAUGUGACAUGUGAUAUUUGCCGGAUUCGCCUGUCGAAUGAGAAAGCUCUGGAAGCGCAUCGGAAGAAGGUGCACGUACAUGAUUAUAUCUGCAAAAUAUGUAAUAAAGUGUCCAAAUCCAGAAAAGCUUUGCUUAAUCACAUGAAUAUUCACAAAGAGGCCAAGUAUAAAUGCACAAAAUGUUCUAAAGCAUAUAAAAGUAAGCAUAUGUUGAACGACCAUCUCCUGAAACACGAGGGUAUCCGAAAAUACAAAUGCUUUGUUUGCGAAAAAUCGUUUGCUCAGCAAUCACAUUUGGCUGCUCAUAACAAAGUGCAUAAUCCGCCCUGUUAUGAGUGUCCGGGCUGCGGCAGAAAGCAUAAUCGGCGCGACAAUAUGAAAACACACAUGAUGCGAUGCAAAUCGUGCCAAUAAAUUACCAUCCGAUGUGUGCGUUGACUGAUAAAAAAUUGGAAAUAUUUUUUUAGCUUUGCAGAAGAAAUGGCUACGUUUUCCAAGUUGUAUAUAGAUGAAUGGUAAAUUGAAGAUGUGAGAAAAAUUCUCUUUCUUUAAUUAUGUUUCAUUAAUACAUAAUAUGUAUGUUUAGAGAUGUUUAAUAUGAAAGAACAAAUAUUAGAUUUAAAAACUAGAUAAAAUUAACAGAAAUAUGCAUUUGAAUUUGUUAAUCAAUAAACAGUAAAUGAAUAUUUUAAUAUAUUUUUUAUUUUUGUUUUAUAAACUUUUUGAAAAAAAAAAUUUGGAAUAAAAAAAAUAGUUGCAUUUUACUAUGCAAAUUAUAUAGUGUGUCCUAAGACUACCAGACUUCUUCUUAAUGACAGAUUCCUUAGAACAUUUCAAGACGAAAAUCCUAAUACAAAAAUGUCGAGGUUAUAAUAGUUUUUAAACGGGAAGCGAUUAUAUUUUAUAAGUGAGAGGACAGAUUUCGCGCGCUCAGGUAUGACGAAAUAAUAAGUGAAAAAAAAUCCUCUAUGAAAGGGGCGCGCUUUUUAUGAUUAUCAUAUAAAUUUACAAUAGCAUUGUCAUGUUUUUCAUUGUUACACAUUGCAUUAGUACAUUCUUUUUACGAAUAAUUGAUGCGAGAACUAAAUGUUUAAACUAAAAAAAUUAAUUAAACUCAAAAAUUUAUCAAAUAAAAAUUUAUGACAUGUUUCAACUUCAGCGGUCAAAGUGGUCGAUUAAUGUUAUCAUGAAGAUGUCUAUUGUUAUCAUGCUAUGCUAUGCAAAUUGAGAAAUACAAAAAUAAAUUGUAACAGAAUUAAA